GAUUGUCUUGAGAUUAUUUGAGUCACCGCUUUGCCUUGUUUACAUUAAAUGUAAUUUUCGCCAGAGAAAUCAGAACUGAUUUUAUUUGCAACUCAAGUGGCAUAAUGUUUUUUCUGUUGUUUGCUUAGUCCCAAAUUUGUCCGAGUUGUUUUCGUUCGGAUUACUUAAGCGAUAGGCCAGCAGUUAACCAGCAGUUACCAAGAUGACCGAUCGUCGUGGCACAAAGGUUGGCACUGGAACCAAGGCUCUGGAGUACUGGUGCCGAGUGAACACCCAAGGAUACAAUGGAGUCAAGGUGGAGAACAUGACGACUUCGUGGCGCGACGGCCUGGCCUUCUGCGCCAUCAUCCAUCACUUUCGACCGGAUCUCAUAGAUUUCAACAGUUUGAAGCCAGCCGAUAUCUAUGAGAACAACGAUUUGGCCUUCACCACGGCCGAGAAAUACUUGGGCAUUCCGGCGCUGCUCGAUGCAUCGGACAUGGUUUCGUAUGAAGUGCCCGACAGACUGUCCAUUCUAACGUAUCUAUCCCAGUUCUACAAGGUGCUCGGCAAGGGCCUCAAGCAUCCGAAGCCGGAGGAGAAGUUUCCCGAGGAACCCGAGGAGCCACCGCAGAAGAUGAUGCAUAUUGUGGGAAUGCCCCGGCGUGAUAAGUGCCAGAAAUGCGAGCUCCCGGUUUUUCUGGCCGAACGAGUCCUAGUGGGGAAGCGGGCUUAUCACCGCACUUGCUUGAAAUGCGCCCGCUGUUCCUCAUUACUCACGCCCGGGAGUUUUUACGAAACGGAGGUCAAUAAUAUCUACUGCUGCGAGACUUGUCCCGAUGAGGAGAGUGAAUCAGAGGGCGAUCAAAGUCCCGAUCGAUCUAGUUAUCAACAGGAAGACGUGGAAGACAAUGAAAGUGCCUCUUUGAGCAGUAAAACGCCGUCCAAGUUAGCUGAACAAACUGAAGAUGAUAAACCUAUAAGUACUGAGCAAAGUGAUCAGCUAGAAGUUGAUCCUGCAGCGCCUGCUUUACCUGCUACUGCUCCACCACUAGACGAGGAAGACAGAGUUCUUCCCGAAGAAAGUAAUGAACCAACAGAGGAACUUAAGAUCUCUACCGUUGCACUAGACAUUGAGGAUACCCAUCCUCCUGUAGAAACAAUUCCAUCGGAAAAAACUGAUGAACAAGAAGUGAUUAGCCCGAACAAUUCGUCGGAUAUACUCAUUCCAGAGACAGAAGAAGCGCCGAUUCCAGAAAAUGACCCCCAAGAAGCCUUUAAGCCUGAAAACAAUAUAGAAAGUAGUACAGAAAAUGAAAUUUUCUCAAAAACAGACAGCUGCUCUAAGCAGGAAAAACAGGAAAAUCUCGAGUCUCCCAAGGAGAUUACAAGUGAGACAACAUUAGCUGAAACUGAGUAUCCAGAGGAUCUAAAUCCUUUCAAAGAUGAUGAUUCGAUUAAGGGAGCCAAUCCCUUCGACAGCUCCGACGAUGAGGUGGAGCUUCUCAAAGACAUUCCAGCCCAAAAGAGCCAAAGCUCAGUUAUAAAAAGAGAUAAAGUAGUACCGCCCCGUCCACCGCCACCUAAAAUAGGCCCAGCCUUUGCUAAGCCCUCAGAGGAUCAACAUUCCAGCCCAACACUUUCGCAAGGCAAAAAAUUGCCGAUGCCUACGCCUAGAAUAUCUAUUUCAAAACCAGAAAACCAGAAAAACAAUUGCAACAUCUCCUCUUCGUCAACGGAGCACUUGGAUAACUUGAGACCAUUCGACCGUGGAGCAGAUGACCGUGGCUCAAGUGUCUCCUUGCCAUCCGGUAAUGCCCCGCGCAAACCACUUCGUGCCCCAGUUGCCCAGAGUCCAUUGAAAAGCGAUGACCUAAGUCCCACCACCAGUCUCAGCUCCAUUACUUCUCCAAUGCGCAAGAAGCGCCAAGCACCCUUGCCUCCAAAGCAGGCCAACUUUGAGAGUGAUCCUGGAUUUUCCAAACUAUCGGACGAACAAAAGGUCCGAAGAUUGAUACCGCUUGACCAGAGCUUGCUCUCCGAUGAAGCAACCGAGUCGAGCAAUUACGACGACAGCUUGAGUACCUCAAAUGCAGACGAAGAGGUAAACGUGGUAUAUCGUCGCAUUUUGGUGCCACCAACUCAGCCCGAAAACCUAAGUGAACGAAGCGAGGAGGAUAAGAAGAACCCGAUCGUCUAUAACGACUUUGAUAGGAACGUCAGCCCCUUGGGCUACAAUAAAUCAACGCAUGGCAAGUGGAAGAGGCGGAAGGGACCAGCUCCAGCGGUCCCAAUACCACCGCGAAAAGUCUUGCAACGUCUGCCGCUGCAAGAAAUUCGCCACGAAUUCGAAAUUAUUGCCGUGCAGCAGUUGGGUCUCGAGAAACAGGGCGUUAUACUCGAAAAGAUGAUCAGGGAUCGUUGUGAGCGCUCCUUGGAUGCCGCAGAAACCGAUGGUGCCGAAUCGGUGGAUUCUGAGAUAACCAACUCCAAGGAGGUAGAAGAUCUUAUAUUGCAACUUUUCGAGCUGGUCAACGAAAAGAACGAAUUGUUCCGCAGGCAAGCAGAGCUCAUGUACCUUCGACGACAACAUCGUUUGGAACAGGAGCAGGCCGACAUUGAGCAUGAAAUUCGAGUAUUAAUGGGUCAGCCGGAGCAUAACAAAACCGACUCAGAUAAAGCCCACGAAGAAGUAUUAAUCAAUCGCCUUGUGAAGGUGGUUGAGAUGCGCAACGAGGUAAUUGAUAGCCUAGAGACUGAUAGAGUUCGCGAGGCUCGAGAGGAUAUGAGCAUUAAGAACCGACUGCAUAUCUACAAUUCCGAGCGCGAGGAGCCAGUUGACCCGAAAACCGCAGACAAGUCGUCCAAGAAAUUGUCGAAGAAGGAACGAAAGAAACUUAAGGAGGAGAAUAAAUUGGGCAAGGGGAGGAAAUCGGACCUCGAUAAGGACGUCGACGAGUCGGAACCAGCACCAGCUUUGGAAAAGAUUAAAAAGAAACGGAACCUUUUCUUUUUGAAGAUGUGAAGAAUGUAGGGAGCGAUUUUGUAUGCGUCGAACAAUUUAAUUUUAUUUUAUGUAAAUUUAUAACCUAUUAAGUUUUUCUAUUGCCAUAAAUGAGCAUUUCAAUAAAUACAA